AUGCGACGCAAGCUAUCGAACUUAGCUUCCCGCUUUACCAGGAAACCGACCAUCCCAACCUCUUCUUCUCGUGCUCCUCGGACGCAUUCAACCGCAGCUUCCAGGGAGACAGGAGACAGGUUCGACAAAGUCACACUAGUCUUUCCUGCUGAAAUCGAGUAUGAAGUCAAUACCUAUUCUGGCUCCCUGCUCUCCAAACCGAGUACGAGCGCCGGACAGGGCACAGCAGCUGAUGAAGAAGAAGAAGCUUCGCCUGAAUUUACCUCGUCUGAAAUGAAGAAGGGGAGGGAAAAAGACGAAUCAGAAGAGAAGAGCGGGUGGGCGGCCGAAUCUGGUCAAAAAUGGUAUAUGAGAACUCACACCUUGCAAGCCGGGACCAUAGGAGGUACUGGAGAUUCAGUGAUACCCAUCGAAACUAAGCAUGUCUAUCGCACGUUCCCUACGCCACGGGGAGACAUGCGAAAAGGCCAGUUCACGGGAUCGUGGCCGGGCAGUGUUGCCGAACAAGUCAAGGCAAGCGAUCCAUAUCAAUUUCAUCCGGCUGAGAGAGAUUUCUUCCAGAGUCUGAGCGAUGGGGAGGAGGAAAGGGAUUAUCAGCUUGUUUGUGUGGAUAUCGUGGAUGGACCUGGGGAGGAGCAUGAAGGGAACAAGGUAGAGCUACUAUAUGAGGAAGAGGAUGAGCGUGGAAAGAUGGCCAGGAUGUGGAAGCGGUAUGAAAAUGCCAGUUGGAACUUUCAAGCAAGGUGA